AUGGGGAUCAGGUUUUUAUAGGCUUUGGUUUGAUCAACACAGUGCAAUGUGAAAGAGAACUGUAGCAAUUUUGGUCCCAAAUUAAACCAAGUCUAUCGGAUGUCAGGUGUGGAAACACAGGACUAGAGAGAGCAUUUUUACUGGGGAUUGUUUCACCCACAGGACUGUAUAGAGAACUAGAACAUGGACAUGAAAACGCUCCAAAGCUGUGGCAUUGAUGACUGCACUGCAGGAGUUUAUUAAGGCAGGAUCACAGGAUCACGCAGAAAGCGACAUUCAAAACGGUACGGGUCUUUACAGGGCGGGAAGGAGAUAUCAGCAUCAACAAACUGAGGACAUGUCUGUAGUAAAAUAUGCAGCUCUGGGAACAAAAUUCUUUGUCGUCUUGUCUGGAAAAACAAACGGAGCUCAUCAGCCCAUAGUUAAAAAGCUGAAAGAUAUCGGCCAAACUGAGGCGGACUCAUUUGAACAAUGUGACUACCUCCUGGUUUUCUGUCCAAUCGCAUCCCGUGUUGGAACCGACAUCAACGAGACCCUCAGCAAAAUAUCAGACGUUAAAAAAGCCAUUCUGGUGGUGAUGCAUCACACCUUCAACCCCAGCCUCAUUGUAGCGGACAGCAGCAGGCAGGUGCAGAAGCCCAACGUCCUCCUGACUGUGGACUGUCUGUUUUAUGAGGGAAAACUUCUCAAAUGCAACCGCAACAACAACUCCAUGACCGACAUUGAAAGGGUUGUUGAGACGCCCAUUUCUUGGAUAACUGUUAAGAACGCUGGCUGGAAAAACAUCCUUAAUAGAUUAAAGAUUCCUCUCCUCAGCUGUUCAGUUACUUUCGUCGUUUUAUUGCCAGUAAUCAUUUGGAGAAUUUCUGCUACUUUACCUUAAGAAGACAUUCAGUUAAACUGGCUGGAAAAAAACAAAGCAAAUCCAUCAAGUCUUUGAAAAAUCAGCUUCGUGUUGUUUUGUAAAAGUUUGUCUUGUUCACACUGACACCUAAAAAACAACAUAACAUGAAUAUCAGUUCUGUUUUGCAAAAUUUAUUCAUUUUUUGUUGAUUUGCAACCAAAAAAUAUCAGGUAAGGUUCAGCUUACCUGAUAAAAACAGUAACAAGAUGUUACUGUUUUUUAGGAUUUUCCAAAUUUUGAAUUUAUUUACUAUUUAUUUUUCUAAUAUAUUUCACAUAUAUAAACAUCAGUUUCUGACUAACAUAUUUACACUGUCCAGAUUCACUAGUACAGUGUGAAGCCAACAAAUUUAAGUUCCCUUGAAUCUGUGUUUGGGCAAAACCAAAAUGUUGACCUGCUUCCAGGGACAUGGAGAAGGUAGAGCUGACUGUAACAAAUAGGAUGGAGCAGAGAGUUUAAUCUGCACGACUAAGAAAAGAAGAUAUCUGGAUUAUUGCCUUGAGACACUGCAGGAAAAGAAACGUGGAGCUAAAAGCUGCUAAAGAAAACUGACGGUUGAAUCUCUGAUUGUGGAGAAUGAAAGACAAUGGAUGUAGUGACAGACGUAUGAGGAUGACGUCUUUUGCACCAAAUGUUUUGAAUCA